GAACUUACGCAGCGCGCACACGCGUACGAGCAUCAGAUCAUUGCGCCCAGGUCGUGUGCGCCCGAGGUCACGCAGUCACGGUGAAAGGACAAAAAUGCCCCGGAAGUGCCUCCGCCCUCAGUAAAGAUGGCCGCAGUACUUUGCAUGAGGGAGGCGGGGCUGCGCCUGCGCAACAAAUUCGGCGGGGAAGAUGGCGGAUGACAAGGAUUCUCUGCCCAAGCUUAAGGACCUGGCGUUUCUCAAGAACCAGCUGGAACGCCUGCAGCAGCGUGUGGAAGACGAAGUCAACAGUGGUGUGGGCCAGGAUGGCUCGCUCUUGUCCUCCCCCUUCCUCAAGGGCUUCUUAGCCGGCUAUGUGGUGGCCAAACUGAGGGCAUCAGCAGUAUUGGGCUUUGCUGUAGGUACCUGCACUGGCAUCUACGCAGCUCAGGCAUAUGCUGUGCCUAAUGUGGAGAAGACAUUGAGGGACUAUCUUCGGUCAUUGCGCAAGGGGCCCGACUAGCUCUGGAUCCCAUGGGGGAGGAAGGAUGACCAUCUUGGGUCUGCAGGUAGAGGCCUUUCAAUCAAAGACCCCAUAUCUGGCUUCCCCAGCCAUCACCCUUUUGCUAUCUCCAGCUUUUCCACAGCCUUCAUCCUUGGUCUCCUUCUUGCAAAAGGUGAACAGUGGCUUAUCAGCCAGUAGUCUGGACGCCCCUCCUUAACCCCAUGGGACUGGCCCCAAGACUGUGGCUUUUAGGGCCACCGGCCUCUUCCUCUUCCGGCCCUGACUGUGGAGUUUGGAGCUGACUCUGAUUUUCAGUAUUCUCUCUAGCAAUGUACCAUGGCUCUUCCCUCCUGCAA